CUUUUUAAAGAAACUGAAUUCCAUUCAAAUUGAAAGUUUAAAACGUCGCUGGCGCUAAAUUUAUUUGUACCAAAGUUUCUGAAUAAUUUGUGUAAAUCAGCUUCUUUUUGUAUUCUGUUAUUAAUUUUCUACAUAUUCUAUGUCGUAUUUAAUGCCAAAUGACUUUAAUUGGGACGACAUCGACGUCGGUAACCAUGUAUUAGAUCAUUCGCAAAAAUUCUUCCAACAGAAACAUAAUACACACGAGCGUCUGGACGAAUCAAAAGAAAUGGACUUGAUAAAAGAAAUCGAUGCUAUAUCGUUAGAUGAUACAUUUGAAUCGAGCCAAAAUAAGGAAAAUAUUGAUGUGUGCUCGAAAGCUACGGAGACGAAUUCGCCAUUGAAGGAACUAAGCAUAACUGCAUUAAAUGACGGAAAUAAGACUAAUUUACAAAGCCCUAAAAACGAGCCAAAAAUUAAUCCAGGUUUUCACAACACUAAAAAUUGUGAUGACUCUUCAGUUAGAGCACCAUUAAGUGAACAGCAAACAAAUGCAACGAACGCGUUAGAGUCAUUAAUUGCACGAAACAAAGCACGUAUAAACCCAAGUGUAAACAAAUGCAAAACAGAUCCGGAAUCCAACAUAGACGAUGCACAUACCAAAGCCGCUAAUCCUACAGUUUUUUCUGAGUCUCUUAUUAAGCGCAAUAAAGCUCGUAUUAACCCAGGUGUGAAGAAAGAAAACAUCAUCAAGCCGAACGCAUCUCCUACAACUUCUGGUAAUGCAGUGUCUAAAGGAGCAGUACCCAAACAGCCUGCGUCGGUGGCACCUCAUGCUUACCAUUGCAGUGAGUUAUACAAACGUCGUAAAGAAGAACAACUACAAAAACGUUUAGAGGAGGAACGUAAAAUGAGAGAAUUUCACAGCAGACCAGUACCGAAUUUUACCGCCUGUCACAAAUCUUUGCAAGACAAGAAACUUUUACAUGUGGUUACAGUGGCAGUAACACCACAAGUAUUAAAAAAAUCUCGUGAAUCGGAAGAAAAGCGAAAGCAAAAAUUGGAUCAAAUAAAGCAAGUACUGCCGCCAAAGUUUGAGCCACGACCACCGAACAUCUUACAUGAGAAACCCUUUAUUCCGAAAAAGACGCAAACCGUAUUGGUAUCAUGUCCUUUCAAACUAAAUUCCGAACGUCGUUUACAGGAACGCAAGCAGUACGAUGCAACUGUUCAACGAGCCAUGGAAGAAAAACAAAAACAGGUAGAAAUUGAGGAGGAGGAACGUAAACGACGUGAGGAAUUGCGUAUUAAGGAGUUGCGAAAGCUCACCAAAUUUAAAGCACGACCAAAUCCUUUCAAGUAGAUUUCUCUACCUUAGACACAGUAAUAAUAGAUAUUUAAAAAAUAUACCUAAUAUAUGAUUUCGAACACAACAACACACACAC